CUUGCUAUGGAAUUGUCCAGGUUCCUACCGGACCCUGGUUCUGUCGGAAAUGUGAAUCUCAAGAGAGAGCCGCCCGGGUGAGAUGUGAACUGUGUCCCCACAAAGAUGGAGCCCUGAAACGGACCGACAACGGAGGGUGGGCCCAUGUCGUAUGUGCUUUGUACAUCCCAGAGGUGCAGUUUGCCAACGUGCUCACCAUGGAGCCAAUUGUCCUGCAGUACGUACCCCACGACCGCUUCAACAAGACCUGCUACAUCUGUGAAGAGCAGGGCAGGGAGAGCAAAGCAGCCUCUGGAGCAUGCAUGGCCUGUAACCGCCAUGGCUGCCGGCAAGCUUUCCAUGUCACCUGUGCCCAGAUGGCUGGCCUUUUAUGUGAAGAGGAAGUCCUAGAAGUUGACAAUGUCAAAUAUUGUGGCUACUGCAAGUACCACUUCAAUAAAAUGAAGACCUCACGUCACUCUGGAGGUAGCUCCUUCAUUGCUGGAAGAAGGAGUCGAUCCACGUCCCCUGCUCAAGAGAAGCACGUGUCCCACCACGAAAGGCCAAAGAAGAGUCGGAAGGACAAAGAAAGACCUAAACAGAAGCACAAAAAACGUCCGGAGUCUCCCACCAGCCUUACCCCAUCCUCGGUGCCCGUCGCUGCAGAGAAGGGCUCCACCAGCCACCAUGAGGGGAGCAAAGAGACCUCGGAGGUCGGCAGGUCGGAGGUGAAAGGCAAGAAGUCCUCGAGCCAUGGCAGCAGCCACAAAGGGAAAAAGACAGGAAGUGGGAAAAGCUUGGUUGGCUUCAGCUCAGCUUCGUCCAGCGGGACCUUCCAGCCUGCAGGUACCUCCUGCAGCAACUUGCAGUGCUCCCAGGACUUUGUGACAUUCCCCAAGCUUGAGCAGGACGACGAGAAGUACCGGAAGCCUGUUUCUUCCUCCUCUUCUUCCCACUGCUCCCCUCUGUAUGAAGGCCAGAAGGGAGACAUCUUUGAGCAGAAGGUGAUCUUCUCAGGCUUUGGGUCCAUCAUGCGCUUCUCCACUUCCACGGUGAGCCAGCAGAGAGGCCGCGAUGCUUCCCCCGUGGACUAUAAAGCCUCGAACCCUGUCAGCGGCCCUUCGGUGGGGACCAGCGGGACCAGCAGUAGCAGCAGCAGCCACAAGCGUAUGCCGUCCCUCAGCGUGGAGGAGGGAGAGGUGCUGAAAGAAAAGAAGCACAAAGGUAGCAAGAAGAACAAGCAUGGGCCUGGCAGGCCAAAAGGAGGCAAAAGCAAAGAGAUUUUGGGUGCCCAGCUGGCUGGGUCCACAUCUACUUCCUCAUCACCCUUCUCCGGGGGCUCCCUUGUUAGCUCCAGCAUUGGCAACUCUUCACGGUCCUUCAGCCACACGGGGAAUCUGCCCAGCCUCAGCAUGGAGUCCCCGCUGCUGGGAUCAGGGAUCUACACCAGUAACAAGGACCCUAUUUCCCACGGGGGCGGAGUGCUCCGAGCUGUGUGCAGUACACCCCUCUCUUCCAGUCUGCUGGCACACCAGGGCACUUCGUCUCUCCCUCAGCUCAACCGCUCGCCCUUUGCUAGCACCAUCCCAGCUUCCUCCUCCUCGGUCUCCACCACGCAGGUGUUCUCGCUGGCAGGUUCAACAUUCAGCCUCCCUUCCUCGCAUAUCUUCGGAAGCCCCCUCGCCUCUGGGCUAUCAAUCAACCCGCUCUUAAAUCAGUCGGAAAGCAGCCGGGCAG